AUGGCUGAAAACAAGAAGCGCCUCUAUUCCCAAACUUUUGAUAGUCAACAAGAAGAAACGGCAUUAGAUGAAACCUCCUCCGAUCUAACAACCUUUCUUAUAAACCACUACAAUUAUUCGAAUCCCUCUUCCAGUGAUGAAAGCAAUCAUUCUAACCCCUUUCUCAAAUAUCGUAAAUUAUCUAAUGUUGUAAUCAAAACAACUUUCAAGGAUUUUUAUUUAAAUGAUUUUAUUGCAAAAAGAAGCGGGCUUUUAAGAAAGAUGAUUGAUUCGAAUAGUGAGUGGAAUUUAGGUAAAGAUGAAGAAGGAAGAUUUAUUAUUGAUUUGUGUCAAGUUCAAGAUUCAAUUGUGAGCAAAGACGAAAUUUUGGAAGAAUCUGAUUUUGAAAUUAUUUUCAAAUAUUUGUAUUCUGAUAAAAUUGAUGAACGGAUUUGUGUUGGUGAAAAUGGGGAUUUCGAACAGGCAAGGAGAAUUGUUCAGCUCACAAAAUAUUUUGACAUGAAUUACAUGUUAAAAUCAAUGUUGGAUAGGAAUAGUGGAUUAAUGGAGGAUUUUUGUAGAAUACAAGUUAAAUCUUGGAUGGAAUUCAAGUUGACUGAAGAAGAUUACUUUUUAUUAUUAAGAUCGAUAGAGGGAGAACAACCCUCAAUAGAGCUUGCCAAUUUAAUAUGUCAAGAAUCAGAAUUUCCAUUUGAUUGGAAAUGUUAUGUGUUAAUUGAAGCAAUCAAGACUCAAAAUGGAAUUGAUGAUAUUAACCAGAUUACAAAAGAAAUGUUACAACCUGUUGAAAGGUCAAUUGAAUACAUCAAGAAUGAAUCCAAGCGUGUUAUCAAAGGUGGUCAUUUUUUUACUAAACACAAACAAAUGGCUGAAAUAUUAGGAAUACAGAACGAGGAAAUAGAUUACAAAUCACUUCAUUUAAUCAAUCAAACUACCCAAUUUACACAAUAUUACAGUACUUAUUUUGAAAAAGAGCACCAUUUUGAAUUAUUUGGUGGUGGGUUGAAAGUUUCUAUUGAGAAAGCUGGAAGUCAAUCAUGGAACUAUUUUCUUUCGAAAAAUUUUGGUAAUCAGGAUGACAAUGUUAAGGUAAUAUUCUAUUACACAGUAGAUGAUGGCAAGACAAUCAAAAAGGAAAGCUUUUUUUCUAAAUAUUGCAGGUGCGAUUUUGAUCUUGAUAAUGAAGAAGUGGUGUUUGGAUUGUUGGUAAUUUUAAAUGUUCAUGAGGGAAGGAAAUCCACUAAAAAUCCAACUUGCUUCUUGUAA